AUAAUGGAUUAGAGCCCUCCUGUCUGUCAGAUCCAGUCAGUUGUUGUGCAGUGUGUAACAGUGCAGUCUCGGUGGGAUCUGGGUUAUGCUGAAGAUUGUGACUGAUUUCUUUUUGCUUGACAAACAUGGAGCUGAUCGGUUCGACACAACUGGCCACAUACACACGGCCUAAGAGCAGUAACUUCCUGCCAGCCAUCUCUACCACAGCAUCCAGCUACAGAAGCCUCCAGCCAAACCUCACUACCAACCAGAACUCCAACUGGAGAACUAACAUGUACUUCAGGAGUGGGAGCGCUAUUCCAUCCAUCCUCCCCUUAUCUCAAAGAGAAAACCUGGACAUGCUUCGGGUCAAAACUACAUUCUACCCAUCCAACAGGACUGCACUAAUGACACGCUAUACACCAGAUGACUGGUACAAGUCCAACCAGAACAACUACAGGGAGUCAGAGUCUUCCAGGAAGAGUGCAGACCGGCUGAGGAAAGACACCAUCCGCUUGAUCCAGGACCGGGAUCAGUGGACACGCAGGACACAGGAGACCACUAGCAGAAACCUGGGUGAGAGGCUCAAUGAUAUCAGCUUCUGGAGGUCUGAGCUAUGCCAUGAGAUUGACAACAUGGUGACGGAGAUAGCCGCAUUGAUGGAGGUGAAAAGAAGACUGGAGAGAGCGCUUGCUGAGACCGAGGGGCCACUUCAGGUGUCCCAGGAAUGCUUAUUUCAUCGAGAGAAGAGGAUGUCCAUUGACCUGGUCCAUGACGAUGUUGAAAAACACCUGAUUAAGGAAGUGGAGGUGAUCAAGUCGUGUCAGGAAAGAAUGAGGAGGAACCUGGACAAAGCAAUAGCACAGCUGGCAUCAAAUCGAUCAGCGCAGCAUGAACUGGAAAGAGAUUUGAGUGAUAAGGUCACAGCGCAGCGGAUAGAUGACAGGUGUCAUCAGCUGCGCAACACCUCGGAUGGCAUCAGCUACUACAGAGGCAUCGAGCGCCUUGAUCCCUCUCUGAGCUUGCCUGACUCAUGGUCAAAGUUCACCGAUGACAACAUCCUGCACUGUCAGAGCGAGCGUGCAGCGUCGCACAAACUCCGCGACGAGAUUGAAAUGCUGCUCAACAUCACCUCCAAUGAGAUGUGGAACCAGUUCAACACCGUUAACAUAGCCUUCACCAACCGCAUCUCUGAAAUGGCCGAUACCAAGAACAGCCUGCAGGCUCACUUGGCCAAGACCCUUCAGGAGAUCUAUCAGAUGGAGAUGCUCAUUGAUGGCCUAAAAAAGGCAAUUCGUGAUAAGGAGAACCCUCUCAAAGUGGCUCAGACCCGUCUGGAAGAGAGAACCCGUAGACCAAAUGUGGAACUUUGCAGAGACAAUCCACAUCAUAGGUUGGUGAUUGAAGUGAGGGAGAUCGAGGACACGAUUCAUACUCUGAAAGAGCGACUUAUGGAAGCCGAAAACACUCUACAGAGCCUGGUGAAGACCAAAAUGAGUCUGGAGCAUGACCUUUCCAUCAAGGCCAACUCGCUCUUUCUGGAUCAGGAGAAAUGCAUGAGCAUGAGAAAGAGUUUUCCCAGCACCCCACGCCUGGUGGGAUAUACUUAGAAAAUCCAGAUUUCUAAACCCUUAAAUGCAAUAUUAAACAUCAGUGUGGGACAAACCUCAUUUACUAAUUGCUAACAAAAUGAAAUUACCAUAAUUUAGAUUUUCCUAAUGUAGUUCUUAAAAAAAGUUAUUUACACCUGUUUGUAUAUUAAUAUAGUAUAUUAAUAGAAUAUGUUUGUUUUGCAUAUAGGUUAUCUUUUUACAUAUAAAAGAUUAAUUCUAUAGUACAAUCACCACUGAAUUCAUCCAUUACAUAUUUAAUCACUCAUCAUAAAAGUCAAAGCUCAAGUCAGGAUAUUAUGACCAAAAUAUGUCCAAGGAGGUAAAUUUUAAAUGCGAAAGAAAUAGGCAUAAAAAAGCUAAAAUUGAGCUAGUAACAAUCUGAUGUUAACAAGUGUAGUAACAAUUGAAUGUGGUGUGUCAUUGCCUCAUGAUGCUUAAACAUUAGCUCUGUUAUUACACGUAAACAUGUGACUAGUUCUAAACCUCACUUGAA